UGUGGUGUAUGCAGCAACAACAUAAUGUUGGUGAAACCUUGGAUUAUUCUGUAUCGAAUUCAUGAAAGGACUAUGAAACACAACACAAUUGUCAUAUUUAAAGGAUUGGAAAAAGAAAUUGAUAUGUUAUGAUCGAGAAUAUUACUUUGUUCGCAUGCUUUUCAAUCAAGAGCUUCGGAGUGCACAAUCAGGAAGUGUAUUGCAGAGGUAUCAUACUUCAAUUAAAUUAAAGGCUGGGAUUAAAGAAACAAGAGGGACACUACCAGUGAUUUCCGUCCAUUGUUUGAAAACGAGGCAAACAAAUGGGGAAUGAGCCUCACGUAAUGCUGUCAUAGAAACGAAGAACACGAUCAUACUAUUGUACAAUCUCAUUCCCAACAUGGAUGAGUGGAUGUCAGGGUGGCAGAAACCAGGAUGGGAACAGGACUAUCAAUAUGCGAUCAGUAUAAUAACAGUAGUGCUAUGCUUCAUUGGGAUUUUUGGAAACAUUGCAUUGUUCUGUUUUGCCUUUUCUCUGAGGGUAAGGCUGUACAGCUUCAGCAUUUACCUUGCGUUGUUAGCGGCUGCAAAUAUUCUCGUAGUGAUCAUGGAAGGACUGGAUGACUUUCUGGAAGUGCUCAUCCCAUGGGAUUGGCUCCUUUUCAGAGACAACGUCUGGGGCUGCAAAUUUUAUGAAUUAUUUUUCAAGUUUGGAAAGCUCGUUGCGUCUUGGUCGGUAGUCGCUAUGUGCAUAGAUGACUACAUUUACAAUUGUCAUGUUAGCAGGAGAGAUGACUUGUGCUCCAAACGGAACUCAGAACCAGUUGUUUUUGUCAUAAUAUUUGCGUCAUUCCUUCUCAGUGUCCCAUAUUUGGUCAUCCGUGACGUAGGCAAUGGAACGCUCCCCGCUAGAUGUCAGAUAAAGCAUCCGGAUGGAAACGCCAUCUUUGAUGUAAUAAUUGUGGAGAUGCUAUUAAUUUUCAUCAUUCCCGUGAUCUUGUCAGGUCUGUUCACGAUGAGGACAAUGACGUAUGUGAAGAAUGCGGAAGACGUUGACAAUAGCUCCCGCAAGUGGGAUAAGCUCACUGCCUCUGUCCUGGCAAUUUCCUUGUUAUUCAUGAUCGCACUUACUCCAUCUGGAAUCCUUACAACAAUUAUAAGAAUAAUGGAACAUGGUUUCAAAGAGACAUAUGCGACGUUCUAUACCGAGUCGCCUAUCAUUCGGGCUAUUCACUUAGCAUUUCGCACAUGGCGUCUGAUAUUUUACGCCCUUCCAUGGGCUCCAUAUCUCUGCAUCAUGUAUAGGGAUGAGUGUUGUUGUAGAAAGAAAUACAAGCCAAGCGAAGAUAAAUUUUACAGAAGUGAAGUUCGCCCCUAUAUAAUAUCUAACCCUCCGACGUUAAAUCGUCAAUUGGAUCAGCCGGACGGGUUAGAUUUCGGAUCAAGAACGAUGACAAACCCUCUCCAUAUUCCAAGAGCAACUGUCUCCAACACAAGCACUCUUCAGGCAACAUACAACUCUAUACAAACCCCAAACCAUCCUUCCUCUCCACCUUCCUACAAACCCAUACCUGCCAAACGUGAAACUACAGCAAUUCAAACCAAAACCAAAUCCAAUAAAACCAAAAAGAAAGAUGGCGUUCCAACCUUUCCAGCAGACGACCAAUCUGACCCAGAUCCUGACACUAAUCCCUAUUCCAAUGAUAAUGGCUGGACUGAGACAAGUGAUUUUGACUGGCAGUACAACACACGUCACUAUAAGCUCGAUACUAGAAAUAAGUACCCCGAUGUGUGGGUAUUUUCAACCCAGCCUAGUCCUAUAGCCCCAGGGGGUAAACCUGGAGGUAUGGCCCCAAAUGCCAAGCGAGAGAGAAAUGGGAUGUUUAGAAAACAAUGGGUGAACCUGGAACAGUCUGAAUUAUCCAACGUUUAAUAAUUUUUUAUGUUAAAUAUUUAUCGAGGUAUAAUGCUGGUACAAGUAUUCCACAUAUUUCAAUAUAACUUUUUCUAUACGAACAUUAGAUUAUUGAUUUCCAUUUUAAAAUAGCAUACGUAUUUAUAGCAGCAUCGAUCGCAAUUUAAUAAGGUCAAUGUAAUUCAGAUAUAGGCCUAAAACAUACGUAUCCUUUACGUGGACAUUUACUUUUUGAAUUCUAAUGAACUUUAAUUUCUUUAAAUUCUUAAUAACACUUGCAUUUUUGACAAUACAUCUUAAUUCAUUCUUAGAGCAUAAAAGUAUUUCGACUGGAAGAUAUUGGCCUGCUUUUUGAAGAUAUUGCAUCUAACACAAUAUCAGUUCUUUAUUGCCACUUUUAAUGAGUAUGUUUUUGAGAUGGGUUUCUCUGGGAAAGUGUCAGAUGAUGAACUCGAUCAGUGAAUGUAAGAUGAUAUAACAAUGAGGGAAUUAUUCUAUCUGAUCAUUAACUAUUAUGACAAUAUGGAUGUUUGUAAAUUUAUUCAAUCAUGCAAAAUGGAAGUUUCUGCACGAAGCUUACAAACCCUGUAUGUAAUAUUAUUCAUUAUGUAUAAACUUUUUAAAUUAACUGAAGCAACAGAAACAGAUCGCACGAGGGAAACACAAAUAC